AUGCAUAUGGCAAUGGGACGCAACAUUGUAGUCGCGGAUCGCAUGGACUUGCAUCUUCUCUGGGAUCACAACUCCAUCUUUCUCAAGCCUCUUCCAAGAUUCCUACUCGAUCCCAAGUUCUGGCAAGAGAAUUUGCAAUGCUCGGGUGCAUGUGCAUGCCGAUUGCCUCGACCCUCAGCAGAGCAUAAUAACUCGACCGACCUGCUGGCAGAAGGAGAGAAUGCGACGCGAACAUGUCGGGAAAAGAGUCUCCGACUGAUUGCCAGGGGCUUUCUGCACAGUUACACCUGCCUCAUUUCCUCCGAGACUGACUUUGCCAUUGCCAACGAGAAGCGACUCUUACCUCGAAAUGCCAAGGACGUGCCCGUUGAUUGGAGACUGUGGAAGUCGCUGGCCAGAGAACUCAUAGAAAAGUACAAUCCCCAAGAAGUCCAUUCGCGAUUCUUGCGCGCAGAGCUCCGUGUAACCCGCGUCAACUUUGUCUACCGCCUCGCCAGCCUUCCAUUCUUUGGUCCGCCUUUGAAUAGCUGGAAUAGCUAUAGCAAUGUCUUUCAGUACAAUCUCGCGUGGAUGGCGGUGGCUACCGUCUUUGUCGGUCUAGUUCUGACGGCCAUGCAGGUUGGGCUGGCAACCGAGAGGCUACAGGGUAAUGCCGACUUUCAGCGGGCAUCGUACGUCUUUACUAUUUUUGCCAUCUUGGCCCCGAUAGGUGCAUUUGGUCUGGUGGUGCUCGGCGUGCUGCUCAACCUUGCGAUGGACCUUCCCUGGCUUGUUCGGGAUGCCCUUGGAUACUCGUCCACCGAUUCUGAGCUUUGA